CCCGUUUCCACUGAGUCCACUCUUUUCAGGUAGAUGUAUUUUAUUCAGGCAAAAUUGGAAACCAUGCGAAGUAUUAAUUGUUGGCAGUUUCCGUUGCAAUUCCGGUCCUACUACACAUUCACCCCUCUUUACAUCAAUCGUUACGGUUAUGACUCUUGUUUGUACAUGCCCUCAGCCUUUAUGACUUUUUACUUAAGCGUUUUUAUCGGUUUGGCUUCUUGUUUUGCCUUUUUGGAUACCCAUUAUACACAUACCCAUACGAUAAACCGUUAGAAAAACAAACCAUAUCCAAAUUAUCCUACCAAUAUGCAUACCACCGUGGCCUACUCCUUAGGAGGCACUGCCAUUUCCCUUACAGUUAUCACUACCAUCCUUGACAGCAUAUGCUACGCCUGGUCUAGUUCCUCUCUUGAGUCGGCCGUUCUCGGUCUCAGCGCAGUUGGCUGCGUUGUGCUGGCCCUACUGCUCGUGCUCCAAACACGACAUCCCCAAACCAAAACAAAAGCUGGGCCGUGGGGAACCUGGCAACACACUGUUCACAUCCUAGUUGUUGCCUACCUCCUCCUUGCGGCAGGUACCACAUUCAUUACUCGCAAUAUCUUUUGGGCCUUUUCAGUCAUUGCGCAAGCUCUCUUUUGCGGAUUUCUUCUAGUACCCAGGGCAAGGCAACAAGAUGAGGAGAAUACCCACAGUUGGCCGCGUCCGCUGUCCCAUGAGCUCGAGAGGCUAGAUGAACUUCAUUCGGAUGAAAGAAUACAAGAGCGCUCGGACUCACCAUCGCCCUCGAUUACAGUUGAAUUCAACCGACCGUCUCUGUCCCUCAAUCCUAAGACGAGCACUGAUGGACUGGCGCCUGUGCGGCCACACGUGUCGAACGUGGCCACGCGCGUAUCUAGUCGGUAUUCAGGCAAGACACUCUUCCAGCAGGACUCAAAGCACGACUCGAUCGAUCUGCAUGCAGGAGUUAUGUCGUCGCCUUCCAAGCCUGAUGUUUCUGAGGGUCGUGACACCUGUAGCGUGGCUGACCAAGAACAUCAAUCCACCACCACUACUACUGCCUCUACUUCCAAUCCAGCACCAGAACGGACUGACUCAGAUGUGAAGUCCAUGGAUAGUCUCUUGAUCCUCCCAUCUCCACCCUCACCCACAGAGCCCUCGGCCAACCUAGAGUCUAUCGCGACAACCAGCAUGAGACCAUAUCUCCCAAAACUUAUUCUCCCUCCCAACGAGAAGAACAUUCAUCCACUCUUCCGCUCCGAUAGCCCAUCACCACCCCCGACACCAAUGCCAGGGACGAUGGUCAAAGCAUCACCUGUGGCCGGGACGACCAUCUCUGCAAGGACACUGAGCCGCGUACGAUCAUCCAACUCGCUGCGGGUAAGCAAUAACGGGCGUUCUCGCUCACCAUUGUUAUUGGAGAGGAUGAGCACGGCUGAGGAGGGCGAGUUGUCUUCUUCCUGUCCACCAUCCCUUUCCUCAUCAAAAUCAAAACCCAUGCCGGGGAUUAUCAUGGCGGGAGAUCUGCGGAAGAGUAUGUUGCAGUAUGAGAAGAAAUAUGAUCUGAACGAAUCGCCUCUUGAGGGUUGAUUUAAUUUCCUUUGUUGCUUAUUUGCUUUCCUAUGUGUUUCGUCUUUUGAGCAAGGAGUUGGAUAAUGGGCAUGAUUUUAUUCACUGAAUAUAUAGCGACUCUGGUAUAGGAAGUAAUACAAAAAUAUCCAUAACUAAU